GCGGUUGCAUUCAUCGUUUCGUCGGCAUCUUUCCUUGACUCCCUCUCUCUCCGAUCAAAAUUAUUAUUCCACCGCGGUGCCACCGAGAAGAAAGUCGCGCUCGGCCACACUAACUAAAUUUCAUUAGUCAGUCCUCCUGUCUAGUCUGCGUCGCGAAACGCCGAAUUAAAAAGCAAAACGAAAAACAGAAAUCGGUGUUGAGGGGGGUCCCAUAAAAACUAACUGUUUUGUGUUCGAUUUGAGACCGUUCGCCGUCGUCGUCGGUCGAAUUUCUGUGGUGUGGCCUACUGUGAGUGGUGUCGUAUCGGGACAUUUUUUGUUUUAUCAAUUCGCAAACAUCACAUUGUGGAACGUGUUUUUUAAAUGUGCAAAUUUGGUUUAAAAGUUAUCAUAAUUUAGAAAGUUUAAUUUGGCUUCUGUAUGUCUUGAUGUAUGGAUUAAGUUGUGAAAUUAUAUUGUGGCUUGUUAUGUGGCUCGUUGUACCGUCUAUUACGCACUUCGUCAUCAAUUGAGUAUAAAAAAAUCGAAAAAUGAGUGUUAUUGAUUUUAUCUUCAGCUGGCAGAUCAUCCUUCAGCCGCUGUUCAAGAUGAUUCGGCGCCUGUUUAGUACCCUGAUAGCGGACUAUCCGCCGGUCGGGGAGUUCCUCCCGGCGGCGCCACCCCCCAACGGAGGACCACACCAAGCGUCCGCCGCUAGUGCCACGUUCCGUGCGUCCCAGCUCGAGUCAUUGAACUGGCUGCAUUCGGUUUCGCCGUGCUUUCCCGUGUCCGGCGACCGGAUCGACAUCAUCCAGGAACCGGCACUGUUCUACGAUACGCUUGUGGCGAAAUGUGCCGGUGCCAAGCGACGGAUCAUGUUGGCCAGUUUAUAUUUGGGGAUCGGAAGUCUCGAGACGAGAUUGGUAGACGCAAUUCACGCCAACAUGAAGAAGAAUACGAGGUUGACGGUGGACGUGCUGCUGGAUUUCACCCGGGGAACCCGCGGAGAAAGCAACUCCCAGACGACCCUGAUGCCACUGCUCGAGGAGAGCGACAACUGCCGGCUAUCGCUGUAUCAUACGCCGGUUCUACGGGGGAUCACCAAACGGCUGGCGCCACCACGGUGGAACGAACUGCUCGGCAUCCAGCACAUGAAGCUGUACCUGGUGGACGAUACGGUCAUCAUCAGCGGGGCGAACCUCUCGAACGACUACUUCACCAACCGCCAGGACCGGUACGUGAUGAUCGAGGACCGUGGCCUCGCGGAUUUCUACGCAAACUUCCUGAAAAAGGUGCAGGAGUUUAGCCUCAAAGUGGACCGAACGGGGGAAGCCAAGCUGCACGAGAACUGGAACAUGCUUCCGUACAAGAGCGCCCAGGUGGACUUUGCCACGGAAGCACGCGAGCGCAUCCGGAGCUACUUCCGGGGCGUGAUGGACCGCCAGCGAAGCAUUUGCGAUGAGGAUAAAGCGUCGGACACGUGGAUUUUCCCACUGAUAGAGAUGGGCCAGCUCGGCAUCCACCAUGACAGUUUGGCCACGCGAAAUUUGCUCUCCGGCUGCUUGAAGGACUCGCAGCUUAAACUGGCAACCGGAUACUUCAAUCUGACCGAAACCUACAUGGACACACUGACGAAGGAUUGCCAGGCCGAGUGCUGCAUCCUGAUGGCGCAUCCAAACGCGAACGGCUUCCUCGGCGCGAAAGGUCCGGCCGGUGGCAUCCCGGCCGCCUACUCGCUCAUCGCGAAAAAGUUCCACCAAAAGCUGAAAGAGUCCGGCCAGGACCACCGCGUGUCCCUGCUCGAGUACGAACGCACCGGCUGGACGUACCACGCCAAGGGUCUCUGGUACUACCUCCCAGGAUCGACCCUGCCCAACCUAACCCUCAUCGGAUCGUCCAACUUUGGCGAGCGGUCCGUCAACCGGGACCUGGAGGCGCAGAUCUGCCUCGUCACGACCAACGGGGGCCUGCAGCGGAAGCUGCAAGCCGAGUACGACAACAUCCUGCAGCAUUCGGCCGCGGCCGAAACGGAACGACCGGUGCCGCGCUGGGUACGCGCCGUCGUCGGACUGUUUAGGAACUUUUUCUAAGGAGGGGUGGGAGGGAGGUGCCAUUCAAUAUUUUUUUCGAAAUCCCGGUGAUUACUGACUGCUGGUGGUACCUUUUACUGUGAAGUUUAGCGAAUAGUUCAGUGUUUGUUGACGAGAAGCGCGAGGAGUGUGUGUUGAGCACGGUUUAUUUGUUGACGAUUUGUUACGGAAGCACAAAGACAAAGUUGAAAUACAAUUUCAAAAACAUUAAAACAGCUUAAAACUUUAAUCAAAAUAUCUUCCAAAGUGUUUGCCUGCAGCGAAGCCGUAAUUCUCAAACCGGUACUACUACUACUUAGUCAAUACAGAGAUCACGUUGUUAUAGUUUUACAUAUCUAGAGCAAAGGGAAUUAUAGUCAAUAAACAAAUAUUUUCGUGUAUUUGAGCCGCUAGCGAGAAAUUAUCAACAAAAUAAAACAGAAGAAUCUAAUAAAUUUUGACGAGCAUGCUGUUCAACAAACCGA